AUGAUAUCACGCACGUUGGGCGUUGCAGGGUUUAGUGCUUGGAUGUCGACUGACCAGGACCAUCUUGGUGGACAUCUGACACACAUUACCGCAUCCUGUGAUUUUCCUGCUAACUGGAUUGAGAAUCACUCAGUUCAGGCAUUUUUCGAGGAAUAUUUUCCUUCUGCCAGCUCAGUUUCUAGCUACCAGCUGACACAUCAGUACAUUCCUCAGCAGCUGGAGCACUACACUAGUGCAGCCAAGGAGAAGGUUCGGGGGGACCGGGUGACAUUGCAGACGGAUGGGUGGACGGGUAUCAACUUCCAUCACUUGGCAGCAUUUAUGAUGACAACAUCAUCACGUCAGGUCUACACCGUGCGAGUGGAGGAUAUCUCAUCUGAGAAUCGCACCGCAGCACAUCUCAAGAACCUCAUUGUCGAGGUGAGAUGUGACGUCGAGGCUAAUUGGAAUGUAGAUGUUGUCGCUGUUACUUCUGACGCUUCUGGAGAGUUGAGAGCCACACGGAAGCAGCUUGUUGAGCAAUUCCCCUCUCUGGUUGCACCUGACUGUAAUGCGCAUCAGGUAUGA